AUGAACUAGAAAAAUGAUGAGAUAGGGAGUUCUAGUGAACAGAUCUUAAAUAUUGGUAUAGUUUCUAUAGCAUUUUUAUAGGCUUUUAGAAAGUAUUCCAAGAACUAUCAAAACCAUUUGAUAAUAAUAUAUUGCAACCUGAAUAAAUAAUUCGACUUUUAAGUGUCUUUCAUAAGAUGAUUCAAUAAUGUUUACUUCCAAAGGAAUUAUUUGCUGAUUGUAACAUAAAUAUGAUAACAAAUACUCUCAAUACUAGUUUUGUAUUAGAGAGAUUACCUACUGAAUUAAACUUGACAAUAUCUAGAAGUGUGAAUGUGGCACCUAGUUGGAAUAAUACACCUAAACAAACAAUAGAGUAAAACUAUUUUAAGGAUGAACCAGAAUAUAGAAAGAGUGUAACAGACUAGAAAGUCUAAUUUUAAGAAUUAAGAGAACCUUUGACAUAUUAAUAGAUUCUACAAGUCUAUUAUAUAUAUUUAAAAAGAGUUUGUAUGCACUAAAUUUGUGAUACUCCAAUUAUAGAUUGUUUCGUAAUAUAAAAUAUUUAAUGUUUGGGAUUAAGAAUAAUUGAAGGAUAGAGAAAUUAGAAACUUCGUUUUUGUUUUGAUUUAAUUAUCAAAGAUCUAAUUGAAUAUCAAAAUCAUACAGUUGAUUUAUUAUCUAAAUUAAUGUGUACUCAUGAUAGGAAUUAAAUCUAAGAAAUUUAUUUAUAAAUGUAUUUGGUUAGCAAACAAUUAAAAUAUUAUUGUAAUUUAAAUAGAUGUAAUUUCGAUUAAUCUAAGUUUAAAGAGUUUAAGAAAUAACAUAAUUUUUGUAGAUAUAAAUAUAAGAUAUGUGAAUCUAAAGAGAGAAUAGACAAGGAAGAUUUAAAAGACAAUCAUAAUUUUUAUAAGUAUGAAAGAACACAAUUAUAUAACUAAUUUUGA